ACAUUACGUUAAUUUAGAGUACAAGUCUAUUUAUUAACUCUCACUAAGCGACCGACGACCCAUCCGCCAUUUUAGAAGACUCAAGAAUCCUUUUCUUCACAAAUUCCUCCAUUAUCAAAAUCCAUAAUUGUUUCCUUUUGCAUCUCCAUUAUUACAACAUCGAAAGAAUCCUAAAUCCUCCCCAAAGCACACCUCAACCCUCUAUAAUUCCCCUUAUCAAUUUAUCAUCCUAUAAAAUGUCAGAUCUAGGGUUCUAAUUUUUUCAAUUUGCUCCUCAUUCGAUUUCGCCCUAAUUGACCCCCUUUCUCCAUAAUUAGGGCGAAAAACUACAAUUAAAAUGAAAUCCACGAGUAGAUUCUUCACUAUAGGGUUAGUAACAGCGUGGUAUUCAUCAAACAUUGGGGUUUUACUGUUAAACAAGUAUUUAUUAUCGAAUUAUGGAUUCAAAUACCCGAUUUUUCUUACUAUGUGUCAUAUGACAGCUUGCUCAUUGCUAAGUUACAUUGCAGUAGUUUGGAUGAAGAUGGUACCUAUGCAAACAAUCCGAUCUGGGGUUCAAUUCUUGAAGAUCUCAGCUUUAAGUUUGAUUUUUUGUGCUUCUGUUGUUAGUGGAAAUAUUUCAUUGAGAUAUCUCCCUGUUUCAUUUAAUCAAGCAAUUGGAGCUACUACGCCUUUUUUCACAGCUGUUUUUGCUUAUCUAAUGACGUUUAAGAGAGAAGCUUGGCUUACUUAUGUGACACUUAUUCCGGUUGUUACCGGUGUUGUUAUUGCUAGUGGGGGUGAGCCGAGUUUUCAUCUUUUCGGGUUUAUAAUGUGUGUGGGUGCAACGGCUGCUAGGGCUCUUAAAUCUGUGGUUCAGGGUAUUUUGCUGUCCUCCGAAGGGGAGAAGCUUAAUUCUAUGAAUCUCCUCCUUUACAUGGCUCCUAUAGCUGUUGUAUUCCUUCUUCCUGCAACACUUUUCAUGGAAGAAAAUGUAGUUGGUAUUACUCUGGCACUUGCAAGGGAAGAUGUCAAUAUAGUCUGGUUAUUGAUCUUCAAUUCUUCGCUGGCAUACUUGGUGAAUUUGACCAACUUCCUGGUCACCAAACACACCAGUGCUUUGACUCUCCAGGUCCUUGGAAACGCAAAGGGUGCGGUUGCUGUUGUGAUUUCAAUUUUGAUCUUUAAAAACCCCGUCUCAAUUACGGGGAUGCUUGGUUAUUCGCUCACAGUCAUUGGAGUCGUCCUCUACAGUGAAGCCAAGAAACGAAGCAAAUGAAUGAAUUAAGAUAACUUAUGUAACCAGCUUAUAUUUCUAUAUUUUUCCUACCCGUGAGGAGGAUUUUCGACUUACCAUGAUGCAAACUGCAAAGAGUUAACGAUACACUUGAAGUCGGAGUACACAGAUUCUGCAAUUUGUAACUUGGAUUUUCCCCUGUAAGCUUGGGGAAUGGGGAUAGGUUUUACUUGUACACGCAACAUCACAUAUGAUUUUAAAACUACUGUUUAUUAUUCAUCUUAAUUAGGGGUUAUUUGAUUUUUGCUUGGGGGGAACAUUUUGUAUUCUUUUAGCAAAAAAGUUGUAAAAUUGCAUUAUACGGUCUAUCCUUGAUAACAGUUAAAAAUUGGGUAAUUAAUGAAAGAUUGUCAUAUAUUAACAUUAUUC